AUGACGUUCAUCAUCGUGGAAAACCUACGAGGCUUCUUUAACAGUCGCCCGCCCCUGGUUGUGUUUAUGAUAUGUCUGGCAUCAUUUGCCAUUGCUCUCAUCACAUUUGCAUAUAUUGUCAAGACCAGAGACUUACCCAACCCAGAUGUUACCGAGGAUUGGAACACAUUCCUGGAGAAGCUGUCCCAUCUGAAGUUCUGUGUCUCCCACAACACCACCUCGCACAACUGGAGCACACCUGCGGUGAAAGUUGGAGACCUGAGUCCGGCCGAUGCACUGGAAAGCAUCAAGGACAAGUUAGUUGUUGGUAAAGUUCCGGAGGCUUUGAGUGUGUCCACGCGGACAUUGUCAGAAGAUCAACCUUUGACAGGAGGUCUGCGUGUGUCCUUGGACCCCAAAGAGAGGACAGACCCACCCUCACCAAUAGAUGACACCACCUGGGCCCAAGUGAUGGAUCCUGGAUCCAGAGAUGGCCGGAUAAAUGAAACAUUUCACCUGAACAUUGAGUUUGUACCCAACCAUGAGUUCGUGACCUCAAAUUUCAAAUCAGUCUACCUGAUCACUGAAGUCUCUGGCUCCCUGCUGAGCAUGAAAGGUAAACGGGCCGAGCAGAAUAUCGUCAUGACGGUGAGUUUCCCAACCAGCAACAGUGAAGAUAACUGCAUGCAGAAACGGGGCAGUGUCUGCCUGAUGUACCUCAUCAAUGCCUGUGUGACUUUCUCGGGACCGGCCUCUCUGCUGCCUCGAGCUCGGCAUGGUCAGUUGACGACCACCUGCCCGAGUGAAGCCCCCAGUCAUGCAGGAAGUCUGGUCAGGUCCAUGUCGGCAAAUUUACUGACCGGCAGUGGCCAGAAGUGGUGUUCACACGGGGCCAGCGUGGCUGUGGAGUACUCGUUUGACGACUCACUCACGGUCCUCCUCUCACAGGAGGACCGAUCGGUGAUCAACCUACACUUGAUGAGGACCAGCUACUUCCUGUUUGUCAUGGUGGUGACCCUGUUCUGUUAUGCGGCCAUCAAAGGUCGACCAGGGAAGGUCAAAGUUGUUGUGUAUCCACCACAUGAAAAGGGCAAGGUUACGUUACAGUCCUCAUCCUCCCAAGCACAGACACAAUUAAACACACCUGCACAUACACAUAUGCUAUCACAUUACUAUUUUGUGCUUAAUUUUCUUUGA